AUCACCGAGCACUAGGUCUGCUUAUCAGUUACCUUUGCAAGACUUUGUCUUCUUUUUUCUACCCAACCGACAUCCGGUCGAUUUGUUGAGGAAGUCAUGUCAACUGAUGAUGCAUGGUGACGCUCUGAAAAUUGACUAAACCAAGUGUGACCAGCAAAGUGAAGGGAGACAUUUUCCGUUCACCUAACAAUAGUUGAACCUCUUUGUCUGCUUGUGUGGUUUACAAAGAACUUUAUCUGAGGAGAACAGAACAAGUCAAGAUGUCGUGCCUCAAGUGUUUGAAAUACACAAUGUGUGUGGCCAACUUCUUAUUCUUUGUUUGUGGGGCAGCGAUACUUGGCUUUGGGAUAUUCAUGAUGACGCAGACCAAGUUUUCCUCGUUGCUCCCUUCCCUGCCGUUCAUGAGCGUCACCAACAUCCUCAUCAUUGCUGGGAUCGUCAUCACCUGCGUGUCCUUCCUGGGAUUCCUGGGCGCCUACAAGGAGAACCGCUGCCUACUGAUCACGUUCUUCAUCUUGUUAUUUGUUGUGAUGCUGAUGGAGCUGGCUGGAGCCUGUAUCCUCCUUGUUUAUGAAAGAGAUAUUGAUGACAGAAUCAAGAUUGACCUCAAAAAAAGCCUGGAGACUGCCAAACAAUCUCAUAAUGGCACGGUCACAGUGAUCAGUGAUGACUGGGACCUCUUCCAGAAAACAUUUAAAUGCUGUGGAGUGGAGGCUGCGACAGACUGGGAGAGCCAGAUACCAUCAUCAUGCAAGAAUGGCACCGGCAGCAACUGGAACGAUGGUUGCUACAAUAAGAUGAAGAUCUGGUUUGAAGAAAACCUGCUCAACACUGGUAUUGGUGUGAUUGUCAUCUGCAGUAUUGAGGUCCUGGGUAUGUGCUUCUCAAUGACUUUGUUCUGCCACAUAAGUCGUUCCGGACUGGGAUAUAAAAUAUGAAGACCUGGUCAAAAUGGAUGAGAUCACCUGUCUGCAGUCGAGGGUUUGUGUGAACUAUGAAUAAAUGUGUGCUCUUAGGACAAAAUGCUGUUGGAAUGCAGUCACUCUGAAACACCUGGAGUUUAACUCAACACAUUGAGAUUGAUGGAUUUCCACUUUUAUUCUAUAGUCAGCAGUAUACCCACUUCUAUGAUCUAUACAGUCAGCAUUAUAUGCUACCUGUUUGUUUGUAAACAUUGAUAGUAACUGAUGUUUAGUAGCCUGUAGGGUAAUUCACUGCUUUCCACUAGUUCGUCUGCAGGGCAAUUUAAUCAAUUUAAUUUCAAAUUCAGUCAUGUAAUGGCCUUGAUCAUUAUGAUUUCACAGUUAGCUAUAUACUAGUAUAUUCAGUGUUCCUUAUUCAGUGAGUAGGCCUAUUCAGAGAUGUUAUGUGAGUGUAUUAAGUUCAUGUUUGAAACAAUUGCCUUUACAUAAAUAGCAGUACACAUAGCCCAGUUUUUGCUAUAUAUUUGAAUUCUAUAGUUGGCUUUCUCAGCAAACCCCACAAUGUAUAUGCUAAAGCACUUUAAUAUUGAGCAUAUAUUCUUUGCUCACACAAGUCACAAUCUCUUGUAGGCCUCUUCACAUGCGCAUAAUAGAAAGUAGAAAUGAGGAGUCAAGGAAUUUGGCCCUCCACCAGUUAUGUUAUUAAACGUCUCGUCUCCUA